AUGACCGUCUUCUUGUUAGUGUAUGUGCUGCCUGUUAUUGCAGUUGCGACUGCGUACCUUAUCAUGUCCGUGACAAUUGGGAUUCGAUCCCACAUGGUGCGCGCUUGGUUGCUCCACCUCGUGGCCUUUUGUCAAGGGGUUCACCUCCAAUGGGUGGUUGACCCGGACGUGGCUUUUCAAGUAUUAAAGGCAAGUGGAGACAAGGGCGACUUGAUUGAGACUUUGCUCUCGUUACCAGCCUGGAGUCCCAUCGUGUCCCUUGAAUCGGUUAACGGCGCACAGUGGCAACGGAUGAGGGCUCGGUUCAUGAAGGUAACAAAAGUGCUGCCGUCGAUGUCAAAGCUGACGACGAUUUUCGAGUCACGAAGUCGAGACCUACUGGAAUCUGGGAUGGUCAUCGAUGCGCGAAGGCUAACCGAGCUCUCGGUUGCAAGUUUUUACGAGUGGGUGUUUGAACGGGAAGGCGAGCAUGAAGAGGUCGUAGAGGCAUGUCAAGCCACUUGGGAGUGGCGGAAGCAGCUAGCGCUGAAAGGGUUUGCAAACCAUCAGGCGAAACAACAAAUGAUCCGAUGGUUUGUGGACGAGAUUCGGCGAACGCCAAGGCUGUACGAUCUGUUUGGUGAGAAAUGGGCACAGCCCGAGUACUACUCGCUCAUUCUUCAGCCAUUCGUGAUCUCGCCGGCGAUUAACCUGACGGACGUUGCGGUAAAAAUCAAGGAGUGGACGAAAGCUGCUCCUGUGACAGAGUCGAUUUCACCCGAGGUUAUUCGGCAGUGCAUUUGCAAUGCACACCCGUUCCCUGUUGUCGAGCGUUACUUCCCCAAUGGCGACUUUGAGUUGGGUAUUGCCCCGAAUACCCAUGCUCUCAUUCCGCUGGAUGAGAUGGCGGGUGAUGCAUUUGCUGCUGGUGUUGACCUGUCAUUUGGGGCAGGAUCUCGCAUCUGUGCGGGCCGUCAUAUGGCAAUGAAGGCGAUGACGGGACUCUUCACCGAUUCUUGUGUGCGCUCGGAUCUGUUCCAACCUGGUCGAGAUCACAAGUACUCGGGUCGCCACAACGAUGGGAAGGAAACGGUGACUGAAACGAUGUACCAGCUCCAGUUUGCAUUGCGAAUUGUUGGUUCAGCUGCUCUCCAUCGGCUCACGAGGAUAUGGAAAAGCGGUUAG